AUGGGAAGCACACCACCACUCACAAUAACCGACCAAGACCCGACGAUGAAGGUUGCUAUUGCACAAGAAUUCCCAGAAACUCGCCAUCGUUACUGUAUGUGGCAUAUAAUGUUGAAGGUCACCGAUAAAGUGAGUCCUGAAUUAGCAAAAAAUGAAGCAUUCCGAAGAGAGCUGAAUGAUGUUGUUUGGAAUGACAGCUUGACUACCCCCAAAUUUGAGGUUGCAUGGAAAGAGAUUAUAGAAAAGUUUGGCUUAAUUGAAAAUCCAUGGCUAAACCGCAUGUACGACGAGCGCGCAUCGUGGAUCCCUGCAUGUUUUGAAGAUGUUUUUAUGGGUGGGUUAUUGCGUACAACAUCACGCUCUGAAGCAGAGAACCGGAUUUUCAGAAGCAACACUAGCAAACAUAUUUGUGUUUCGGAAUUUUUUAACAGGAUAGAGAGUUCAAUCAGAAAGCAACGCCUAAUACAGACCGAGCUAAACGAUGCCAGCCUUGCACAGACACCCCCCUACAAAACCCAAUUGCGCAUCGAGCGAGCGGCAGCGUCAAUAUAUACAUUAACUGUGUUUUAUGAUGUGCAGAAGGAGAUAUGUGCCGGAUGUUUUGAUUGCCGUGUCCGUGGAGUGACCCCCGGUGAGGCCGGGAACACAUAUGAGGUCGAGGAUGCGCACGAUGUACGAUACACGGUGUUCGUUGAACACGGGACAAGGACGACAACCUGCGAGUGCCGAAUGUACAUCCGGAUUGGACUGUUGUGCAGCCAUGCAUUUGCAGUGUUAAUAUAUGACAGGAACGAGGACAUACCCCCCCAACAUAUCACACCCCGGUGGACACGUACCGCACUAACCACUUCGCCAAUCACAACAUGCAAUGAUACGCUCCAGCGUGGCACCCCAAGAGCACGAGGCACCAAAGAAGAAAGUGACGUGCUUAACACAGUGUACAGGUGCAUAGCCAUGGCGCAAAGAGAUCCCACGAAGCUAAAACAAAUACGCAAUGCGCUAACGGAAAUUGAGACCACAUGGUGCAACAACGGUGAAGACGACGUGGCCGUAGAGAAAGGGAAACAAUCGAUCAAAGAGACAUUUUGUGGUGCCCCCACACCUGACACAAUCACCGUGCAUCCGCCCGCAGUAUCAAGUACCAAAGGGUCAGGAAAACGAAUGAGGACAGCCAAAGAAAUCGCAAUGAAGGAACAAAAUAAGAAGAAGCGAACAUGCAAAACAUGUGGACUCGCAACCGGACACAACAGUAGAAGCUGCCCACAAAAGUAG